CACGCCCCCUCGGGCUGGAAGAAUGGCGGCGGCGUGGGCUCGGAUGUCUGUUUGCCGGUCACUUUAUACUCCGUCUCUCUGGGUGUCCGGACAGCGCCUUUUACCGGACGUCGUCAACGGAAAGCUGCUAAGGCUGGUUCCGGUGGGGCUGGUGGCAGCGCCGGCCCGAGGCCUGAGGGAAAUUAUAAGGGUACAGGAUGGACAGACCACAGUGAUUGAGGGAAAGAAAAUUGAGAAUUCGCCAGUGGCUUCUGUACCUCCAAAUCCUUCAGGACAGUGCCCAAUUUGUAGGUGGAACCUGAAGCAUAAAUAUAAUUACACAGAUGUGCUGCUGCUCAGUCAGUUUAUCCGGUCAGAUGGAGGAAUGCUGCCACGUCGGAUCACAGGCCUCUGCUUUGAAGAGCAUAAGAAGAUUGAAAUUUGCGUAAAGAUGGCUCACCGAGCAGGCUUGUUGCCAGACCACAAACCUGCCCUGCCAGAAGGUCACGUCCCAAAAAAACAGGAGCCCCACUUAAACAGAUACCUCACUCGAUGGUCAGUUGAUUCGGUGAAGCCUAUCUGGAAGAAAGGCCUCAAGUGGUGUAAAGUCCGCAUGCCUGUGGGAGACCCAAUAUUGAAGAAUAACAUUGUCUAUGGGAAAAAGCCUUAUUAUAUUAAACACUGAUAAGAACUUUGGCACAGGCUGACCGACUGAAUUUCCACGGUGCGUUUUUAAAAAAUAAACAAAGUCAUUUGCAGCACAUGGAGGAGUUUUCAAAUAAGAUUUAUUAAAAUAUAGAGAGAUGUCAUUUGUUGCCAAUAGUGUUUUAUAUAGUUAAUUCAGCAAGUGUAAUUUGAAGUAAAUCAAUUAAAAUGAGUGAAAUUA